UCAUACUUAUCUUUUGGUUUUGACAAUAUUAACUAUUAAGUAACAGAUGAAGAUCAAAGUAGGGAAAGGUAUAGUUAACAUUGUUAGCUGUUGAUAUCGGGAUUGUUAUGGCACUCGGUUUUAAAUAUCUUAUUUCCACGUUCAAAUUUCCUAAUCAUAUAUAUUUUCGUAACAUAAUGACGACAAGUAGUAAAUCUGAAAAAGCAAUGGAAAUUUUACAAAAUAAUCCCUAUUAUGAAAAGUAUGCAGAUAGAAUAGCUGAAAUGCAGAAAACUUCACCUGAAGAGUUUCUCAAAAGAGUUGAGGAACAAAGCAAAAAUAAAAACAGUGAAAAUAAGAAGAAAUUUGCUUCAGUUGACACUAGACAAUAUUCUUCGGUCCUUAACCCAAAACAUGCCCUCAAGGAGGAACUGAUCUUGGAGGACAAAAAAUUAAAUGAUAUAUUUAAAUUAGAACUUGUAGCAGAUAAAAAUGCUGAAGAAGUACAAAUUAUCUGGGAGGAAUAUCACAAGCAAAAAGAAGUUAUAUCUGCAACAAUACCAAAAGAAAUAUAUGAAAAUAUCCAGUUGAAUAUGAAGCAAUAUCCCACUUUUCUAUUUCCACUUCCAAGAUCGCAGGGCUAUGAGUUCAUUAUGAGCCAAGUUUCAGGUCACACUGUACAUUUUACACCAUUGCUUGCAUUCCAGGUUCAUAAAGAGAAUGCACCCGAAUGUUUAACAAUGGUACAUUACACCGAACUUGUCCAAAAGGGAAUUGUUUUAAUGCGUGGUGAAUAUGACAAGAAUGUAUUAAAUGGAAAAGAAGCACAAUGUUUGGCUAAUCAAUUCCAGUUAUACUACAAUGGACGAAAUGAAAAUAAAAUUAAAUUGUUAAAAUUAUUUACCAAGAGUCCUGACAUAUUCAAGCACAUGGACUUAAUAACAGAAUUAGAAACUCUUGAAGUGUAAAGUUCACAAAUUGAACGUAGAAUUAAUAAAAUAAUGAA